UGGCCGCGGGCGGAAGCGGCGUCCCGGCCCCGCGGGUUCGCGUCCGCCCGCGCCCGGCGGCGGGGCCGGAGCGGGGCCGAGAGCGGGGAGCGGCGGCGGGGCCGCGAGGGACAUGGGCCGGCCGCGGGGCUGAGCAGCGCCGCCCGCCAUGAGCUGCACCAUCGAUAAGAUCCUGACGGACGCGCGGACGCUGCUGGAGCGGCUGAAGGAGCACGACACGGCGGCCGAGUCGCUCAUCGACCAGUCGGCCGUGCUGCACCGGCGCGUGGCCGCCAUGCGGGAGGCGGGCGCGGGCUGCGCCGACCAGGGCCCGGGCCCCGCGGCGGAGCGACCCGACCCGUCCCGGCUGCGGCCGCACGUGGUGCUGGCGCAGGAGAACACGCAGAUCCGCGACCUGCAGCAGGAGAACAGGGAGCUGUGGGUCUCGCUGGAGGAGCACCAGGACGCGCUGGAACUCAUCAUGAGCAAGUACAGGAAGCAGAUGUUACAGCUGCUGGAAGGGAGAAAACGUGAAGAGGCUGAGCCAGUCUUGAAAGUCCAUCAGGCUAAUUCUGGGGAAAUUGAAAGUCAAAUAGACAGAAUAUGUGAGAUGGGAGAGGUGAUGAGAAAAGCUGUUCAAGUGGAUGAUGAGCAGUUCUUUAAAGUUCAGGAGAAACUGGCUCAGUUGGAGCUUGAAAACAAAGAGCUGCGUGAGCUGCUGUCGAUCAGCAAAGAAUCCUUCGAGGUGGGGAGAGAAGAUCUGCCAGACUGUGAAGCUUAGGCCAAAAAACCUCAUCUGCCAGCCUUCAGAGACUGUUACGAAACUACCUGACAAGGAUUUGUUGUUUCAGGUGUUUCCUUGUAUAUUUGUUUUAUCUUUAAAGUGUGUGGGCUGUUUUCUCUGCGUUUUUCUAAAGUGUUGAUGGCAAAAGCUUGCACCCUGCUCUUAGUACCUGCAGCACUCACUUGUUUAACACUGAAUAUUUGAUGUGUCCUCCCUUGUGAUGGUUUGUUUCCUCUCCCUUUGUUAUUUUUUUAUGAGCUGUAGUUAAUAAUUCCAGUUGUGCAGAUGGCUCUUAAAUCCACCUUGUCUAUAGCUAGAGAACAAAAUGCAGGUUGUGAUUAUUGUGCUUGAUAGAAGGAAUAGGAGAUGAUUGAGAAACCAUAGUGUGAGAGGCAGGGAUGUGCUCUGGCUGCUCAGGGCAGCUGGGCUCUGCAGAGUGAGUGACUUUGUGUCCUGGCCACUGCUGAGAGAGCAGCAGAGCACUUGAAGGAGUCACUCCUAUUCAGAGCAAACUUCACCUUGUUUUAGGGGUGAAGAUUGGAGUUAACAACCCUCCCUGACACACACAUUUUUGAAGGAUGAAUCUUUUUUGAUAGCUGGACCUUCCCAGUGCUCCCAGUUACCAGGCAGCUCUGCUGUGUUGGUGUGCUCAGAGCUUGCCAGAGCACAGCACCUGCACAUCAAAGCUCUUCAGCCUCCCACAAAUUUGGGUUUGGGCAGAGGGAGUUCAGGUCUGCGUCAAAACAAACCAAACCACCCCCACAGACAGAAUUUUAAUGUCACACCACGGGUGAGUCUGGUGUUCCACAGUCACUGCAGGUCCUGUGCCGAGUGGAAUUAGAGGUGCAGUGUUGUAGGAGUUUCUCAGAGUGGUAUUUUUAUUUUAUCUUUUGUAUAAAAGAUUUCUGUCCUGCCUGUAAUCGAAGAACAAUCUUCCAAGAACGGUAAGCAUCUCAUUUCCACUAUUAGCUUAAAUUUUUAAUGCCACUUUUCCCAAGUGAGACCUUUGAUAGAUGCAGAAGGUGACUCAUUCCUGUGCUUACUGAGAGACAGUGAACACUGGAGGCAUUGAGAACAUUUGGAAUACCCAGCAAGACUGGUAGAUACAGGAUAGGGAAUUUCUGUACAGGAGUGCUCUUGUAUACAAUCCUUUUCUAUUGGAAAUUGUUCAGGAGGAAAUAAUAAAAAAAAGGGAAAUACUGUCUCAAGUG